CAAACAUCGGCAGAGUGGUAAAUGACACGGCGUUUACUUGGGCCCAGUGUUUAUUAUGAUCGAUUAGGUCAGGGCUCAGAGACCGCGGACGCCGGAUCAGUGACCAGUGACUGUCUGUAGCCUACUGCUCGGCUCAGCUGAGUCCUCCACGGCUAUGGGAGUUUGCCUUUAAGCUCUCGCACGGACACCGGAGGACCGAGUCAUUCAUCUUCAAUGUAUCCCUCUCUGACAAUUUCCUCAUCAUCCCAUGAGGCCCCAGCUAGCUUGUCAUUGAAAAAGCAUCUGUACUCUCUGCCUCAUCCAUCUCCACCUAGAAAACACAUCUAGGUCCAAGAAUGAAUGGGUGGUCACUCACACGUCCUCCUCUGCCCUUGUUAGAAACCGCACAGGAGUCGCAUAAGGGAGCGGACGAUCGGGAGCAGGAGAUGUCAGGAGGGACUGAGGGAGAAGACGCAACACCGGAGGCCGCCGUUGGGGGCAACAGGUCUGAGGGAGGGCAGGAGUUUUCUGUGAAAGAGGCUGAUUAUUCCGAGGGUUGUGUCAAACUGAAGAUCGGACUUGGGACAAAACGGACGAAGAAGCCUCCCAAGAUACUAGAGAACUACGUGUGCCGUCCACAUAUAAGGACUUCGCUGAGACAAGGACGAGGCAGUGGGAGUGGCAGUCAAGGUGGAAGAAGCGGGGCCAAGAAUGAGGUAACAGGAGCUAACCAAUCACAGAGCCCGACGAGGGGUAAAGACAGGAAAGAUGCCAUGAUCUUGGACCAGAGCUCCAGUUUGGCAUCCACAGCCCUGUCUUGCUCUCCAUCGUCAACAGCCCCUGACACAUCGGCCACUGCUGCUGAGGCUCCUGUGUCUUUGUCAGCAAAGAGGGCUCCUCCAAAGUUGGCACACAAGGCAGGGAUGAAGGACCAUUUCUCGGAGGGACCCGCAAAACUAAACCAAAAUGGGAAUAAGUUACCUGGUUCUGGCAAGACAGAUAAGUCCCCUCCUUCGAGUUCUCUAUCGCCUACCCCUGCUGCCUCCCCCCCAUCCCCUACCAAACAGCACUCCACUGUGCAAGAGGGCGCCAAGGUCACCAACGGGGGUACUCCGAGAGAUGAGAAGAGCACUGUCCCCAACCAGGGAAACUCAUCUGGCAGUGCCGAGAAGCUCAACAAACGCAAUGCCACCUCUAACAUCAACCGCUUAAAACAACAGAAAGCCAGGGCUUGCAAACUGCACUCUCUCUCAGAUUCUCAUGUCUCCUCUGUUGGAAAUAGUGCAGCUAUUUCUUCCGUACACAAUUCAUGUUCCAGCCCUGCUCUCUCAGAUGCAAGCACCUGUCUUGCUGCAUCGAAAGAAACUGGUAAUGACCAGGGUAAGCCCUUGCCUUUUUCCCAGGAGGAGACGGUAACUGCAGAGAGAGAUGAGGCUGAAGACACGAAAAAAAGCAACUCUCUGUCAGCGACUAACACGGGCACUUCAUCAACCAUGAUGGCAGCAAACAGCAAUAAAAGCACCAGUGGUAAAGUGCAUUCCCAUGCGCUAUCCCCGAUACCGCCCAUAAAUUCAGACCAAAGUGAUGGACAAGUGCCUGCAGGGGAAAUGGACAGCGCCUCCUCCCUGACCAGCCCAACCAGUGGAUGUAUCACAAAUCUGUCCGAAAGAAGCUUUGGAUCUGUGCAAUGGAAGGAUAAUAAUACAGGCGUAGAUAAUCCAAAAGACUUGAGUGUAAAUAAGCCAACAGUUGCCUCUGAACAAAUGAAAGUAGACAGUGCUGGCAGCAAGGGAUCCCCGAGUGGCCAGAGCAGGAGGAGUGCUUCUCUGCAGCAGGAUUGUGUUAUCACUCCGCCGGCUGCCUCCUCAAAAUGUCCCUCGCCCGAGCAGGACCGGAGGCCCUUGAAGAAACGCAAAGGCCGCUGUCCCCGUUGGACGAAGACGGUACAUCAGGCCCAGAUGUUGACACCAGACAAGAGUGCUGGUCUUGAAUCCAACAGCACUUCCCCCCAGCAGGUAGUCAAACCGGUGCCGCCCCGUCGGCCAGUUGGCAGACCACCCAAGUGCAGUCAGUUUCCUGUCGCCCAGCCAAAGAAGCGGGGUCGACCGAGGCUGAACCUGAGCAAAUCAAAUGCACCUGCGUCUGCAGGCUCUCACAAACAGAGCACUUCCCUGACCGGCGUCAUGGAGGAGAGGGACACGCCUGCAAUGCAGUCCAAGAAGAAUGUGACCCCACCAAACACCCUGAAGAGGAAACGGGGGCGUCCAAAGCUUUUAUCCUCGGCCACCAGCUCUGGGCACCAGCCUCUGAAGUAUCCAUCAAAUGGAGACACGGUCAGAGUUUCCCAAGAGGCCCUAGAAGGAAAUGGACAAUCCAGCUCAAAGGGAAGUGGGCAGCUGAUGAUGAAGUCUAUUAUUGGUAAGAUCAACAAAAUGAGGACAAAAAGACGGAAAUGGGUCUUAAAUCAACUGUUAUCAGGACAGGGAGGAGGCGAGAGAGUGGAGUUACCGAGUGGAAAAAAGACAGGAGAGGUGUGUGGCUUAGACCCAUCUCCAGUGCCCCCUAUACCCUCUCUGGCAACAUCCUUUGGUGGUAAACUGGGUCCACAAAUCAACGUCAGUAAAAAAGGGACAAUCUAUAUGGGCAAGAGAAGAGGACGCAAGCCAAAAGUGCCAAACGGAGAUUCCAAAUUCAGCUUCUCUCAAGAUUCUUCUCCAUCACUGGGUAGCUUUUGCUCCAGCUCGCAGUCAGCCGGAGCCAGUGGUCUUUUCAGCAAUCCCUCUUUCAAAAACCAAAGUGCCAUUGCCCUGAAUCAAUCAAAACAACUCUUUUCCCACACGUCCUCUUCCCCGGGUGCUUCCCUUUUUCAAAACACUUCCUCUUUCUUGGCCCCUUCUCAGAAGAAGUCAUCAUCUUACAGGGAACAGCACCAGCUACGCCAUGACCGCAAAACGUCAUUGUCUUCAUCCCCUCUGUCUAUGUCCUCACUAAACGAACUCAAAGACACCCCUCUGUCCCCCCUGAGCGAGACCCACAGCCAGGAGACAUUGCCGAGCGACAGCAGUGCUGGUACUGACAACAGCAUGUCGGACUGGGUGGACAGAGCAGCAGGAGGCAAGGGUGCCGGGGGGGCGACCCCAGGAAGAGGCACGGCAAGUCUCACCUCAGAGGCCUGGUGCUCCAGGUGGACAUUUGGGGUCACCCCUCAUAGGAGUCGUGAGAGAUCUGCUCCCGCCCACUCCAGCAUGGCGACGGGACCUGCUGCCUACCCCCGGCCCCAGCCAUCAAGGUCCCCUCCCCCCGUAGGGGGUCAGCCGCAGAAGCACAAACACAAGUGUAAGGGCAGGGUCCACAGCUGCUCCAGCUACAAGCUCAAGGGCCAGAAACACAGGUGCAAGAGGAAGUACCUGCAGCUGAAAGCCAGCAGGCAAGACCCGGACUUCAUGGUUGAGGUUGAGAAGCUGAUGGUACGGCUCAGCAACAUUCACUUGGUCCACCAGCGGAGUGUGCCUGAGACUGUGCUGGACAGCGAGGGGAGUGGUGGCGGCGGGGGAAACAGCAUUGGAGCCAGCAGACACUCCCACACCCACCACUGCAUCCCGCAGAACUUGCUGCCCACCAUCUUCCAAAUCAACUUCAGUGGGUACUACUCCCCACAUCUGGCAUGCCCGUACGACUCUCUGCACUACGUCAGGAAGCCGGAACUGAAGAAGAAGCACUCCGGACAUCCUCCCAAGUUCAGAGAGGUGUCUCCGACUGAUGUCUCACUUUUACAGGGUCUUGGGUUCCCUCUCUCCCACACUGGGUACUAUCGAGCACCCCAUCGAAUCCCGUACACCCCCCCUGUGGGGUUAGGGUAUUAUAAGCGCCACCCCUCCAGUGAAGGCCUUUACACACAGCCAGAACAUUCAUCCCCCUUCUCCUCUCACCCCUCAUACCCACACCCUCACCACUCCUACCCCCUGUACAUGCAUCCAUCGAAGCUACACAAGAAGAAGCACAAGUUAAUGAGACAGGAUUGUGGGGGAGAGGGAGUGAGAUCGCCUGUGAUGUAUCCUGGGUUCUCCUCGGAGUCUGCCUACCGCUGGGCCAGUGAGUACAAGCGUAAACACAGGCACAGACACGGGGACCGUAGCGUGGAGGAGAGAGAGGAAGAGAGAGGGGGUGAGUGUGAUGUUGCUGGCGGCACUGACAAAACGGAAACAAGAAAUCCAGAUUUUAAAGAGAUGAUGGGUUCUCAGUGGCGACACAGGUACGGGUCCGCAGUGAACCGUAAUUUCAUUCCAUCAUCCCUCGCCCCCUCCUUCUCCUCGCCCUCCUUAACCGAGAGUUGUGUGUUUAAAGAAGCUACUCUUAACUGGAUGGGAUCCUCAAAGUCAUUACAUCAAGCCAGUGGAGACAGGCAAGGCUUCCCCCACAAGCCUUGGCUGAGAAGUGGAGUGUACCCAAGCCCCAGUUCGGAUCAGGCAGAAGGGAAAGCCGGGGACUCCUCACCCGGGUCAGAGAGUGAGGAAGACCCCGAAUCAUCACCAGCGAGGACCGACUCAGUGCCUGCCCUUUCCCGUCCUCACCACGUUAACCUGUUCACAAACGCCUUCAGCCAAGGGACAGGCGCCAGGUUUGGCAGCUUGUCGGCGAGCAGCAGCAGCACAGGAGGGAUCUCGGAGCUAAGCAGAACGAACCGGAGAGAUCAACCUACUCCGUCUAAAAGCAGGGAGACAGGGAGGAAAGCGAGCCCAGAUUCUGACUCAGCUGAAGUUCCAGAGAAUGGGGUUCACUUCCAGCACCGUGUCCAGCACCGGAGCCUCUCUCUCCUCUACAGGCAUGCCCACCGAUACUCAUCCCUCCCUGGGCAGUCCUUGCUGCCUGCACCCCCUGCCGCUGGAAGUCUCAAAGGGAGAAGACUGUCCAGUUGCAGACAGAUGGGCCGAAACGCAGGCUUCCCAGGAGCCCUGACUGAGUUCGCCCAGUCUCCUUCCCCCUAUGGGUCUAGACCCCGGGCCAGUUCUGAGUGCAGCACUAGGUCCAGUAAGUCCAGCCUGAACCACCUCAACAAGAUUCUGCGCGCCAAGAAGAUGCAGAGGCAGGCCGUGACGGGCAACAACGUAGUGAAGAAGAGAGGUCCCGGACGACCUAGGAAAUACCCGCUUCCCUCCCCCUCCCCUCCUCCCGCCGACACAACCACACAGGACCCCCACCCCAAAGAUGCAGCAAGAGGAGGAGGUGUGGUGGAGGAGGCUGGUCAGGGCCCGUUCAAACGAAGGAAGAAGAGGAGGUGCUAUGAGAGGGGAGAAGCGGAGGACAGAGAGGAGCAAAAGAGGCAUGAAGAGGACAGACGAAUGAGAGGAGGAGGGAAGAAGGCCGAGUUUCCUCAGACGGAGCAUCUCUCCAGCAGGAGUUUAGAGGGUGGAAAGCUAAAAAGUCAAACUUCCAUUGGUUCAGUCCCAUCUAACCAAGUCCCACCCACACAGUCUGACAGCCAAUGGGAGAGUAGAAUGCCACAGCCCCCAAUGAAGAAGUUUGAGAGGGCGGGUCUAUACUCCGAUGUAUACAAGACUGAAGACCCGGAGUCACAGCUACGGCAGCUGAGCAGGGACACUCUGGAGUACAUCCCCGGCGAGCACGAGCAUGGCCUGAUGCCUGCCCCCAUACACGUGGGAAAGUACCUGAGGCUCAAGCGCAUUGACUUCCAGCUCCCCUACGACAUCCAGUGGCUCUGGAAACACAAUCAGCUUCACAGGAAACCUGAUCCCCCAGCAUACAGGAAAAUCACCUCCAAUGUGUUUGUUGAUGUCAAGCCCAUCUCCGAACAGACGGCCACUCAGUGUGCCUGUAAGCCUCUGGAAACCAGCGCUGAAAAAGGGUGUGUGGAUGGUGACUGCCUCAACAGGCGGAUGUGUGUGGAGUGUGUGCCAAGCCUGUGCCCCUGUGGUGAGCAGUGCGGUAACCAGGCCCUCCAGAGGCGGCAGGGCGUACGGGGGUUGGAGCGCUGCAGGGGCCGGGGCACAGGGUGGGCACUCCGCACCCCCCUGCCCCUCAGGCCAGGCCAGCUCAUCUCAGAGUACCUGGGAGAGGUGGUCAGCCAGCAAGAGUUCAGGAGGCGAAUGACUGCCCGUCACUAUGGCCCCAACCCUCAGUACAGUCUGACUCUUAGUGGAGGCAUGGUGAUUGACAGCCAUCGAAUGGGCAAUGAGGCUCGCUUCAUCCAGCACAGCUGUAAACCCAACUGUGAGGUGCAGAAGUGGUCAGUGAAUGGCAUCUAUCGGCUUGGUGUGUUUGCCCUGAGACACAUCAGCAGUGGAGUAGAACUCACACUCAACUACAGCACACACCAGGCAGAGGGCCAGGUGUGUAAGUACAGCAUGGACGAGUGUGAGAGUCCAAGAGAUGACCUGGUGCAGCCUGUGAUGCCUAGUAACCAGCAGCAGAGAGACGAGGGAGGAAACACACUCCUGCAGAGACCAGCAGACACAGACACACAAACAAGCAGAAAACAGGAGUCAUCGGCUGGCAGUUCCAGGUGUUCUCCCUGUCUGAAAAUGAAGGCCUUGUCCAGCAGGGACAGGGAGAUUGUGCUGACACGAGGCAUCUUCCUGGUGAGGAACUAUGAGGCGGUGAGGCAGAAGCAGGAGCAGCUUUGGAGAGAAGAGGAGUUUGAGAGGAGGAGAGAGAGGGACGAAGAGAAAAACAGCUGGAUCAGGGACGGUCACGAUGCCGGCAGCUGUGUCAAAACAGGCUCCCAGAAGCAUAUCCAAGAGCCUGAGGUCAACGAGACGGGAAACCUCACACACAUGUGUAAGGAGAUCUGUGACAUCAUGACCAGAUACAAAGACUCAGCCGGACAUAUCCUUGCUGCUCCGCUACUUAACCUGCGAUCAAGGAAAAGGAAGCUGCACUGCACAGAGAGUGACUUGGAGCCUCUGGACCUGAGCACUGUGCGGAGGCAGAUCAUCUCAGGCCAUUAUAUGAGUCUGGAGGAUUUUGACAAGGACAUGCUCAGAGUGUUCCUCAGCGCCGAGAAGUACUACGGCAAGAAAUCAGCGGUGGGCCGUGAUGUGUGCCGACUGCGCCGGGCGUAUCACAACGUUCGCCGCAAUGCUGCCAUCCAGCUUGGAGACGCAGAGGGAGGAGCCACCAUUGACACGACGGCCCACGGUGCGCACAACCGUGACCCUGACGUGCACAGCUGUCACCAUGACGACCAGCAGGACAGCUCUCAGGAUGAGAGGAUGGUUCAGUGUGAGCAGGGCACGACCUACUGUCAAUCUUUACGUGCAAGGAUGCGCACGACUGAUUCAAAACGGCAAGGCGGUGCUUCAAAACCAGGACAAAAGCCCCCCUGUGGUUUGUCUGGAAAGCAGAGGGGUGAGGUGUGCUUCUCUUCCUCCCUGAUCCUACACUCCGCUCUGGAUCGCAUUGAGGCUCAGAGAAAACGACUGGAUAUGGUGGUCUGGAAGCUACUGCAACACCAGCCCAGCACAGACACAGAGAGGCUUUCCAUCAUGCAUCCUCCAACACGCCAGCCGCCUCCCAACUCCACGUGUGGAGCAGAGAGCAAAACCAUGAGAGCAGAGGCCAAGAGAACAGAGGGCUGAGAAAGGGGGGGGGGGGGGGGGGGGGGACGGGGGGCUCUGUGUUCCCCAUGGACACUCCGGCCUCUCUGGCAGCUCAAAUGGACCAGUGACCAGGAAGGAACCCAGGGUCUGAAUCCAGGAGAACAAAGGAUGGAACACUGGUUCAAAGGAUGGAACACUGGUUCAAAAAAGACAUUACAUGCACGAGUAGAACGUCUGACCGCUGAUAUAAAGAGGAGUAGGAGGAGGAGGAGGAGGAGGAGGAUGCGCUCCAUAAAUCAACCUUGGAUGAGUGCAGUUUAGCCACCAUGGCGGAAGUACACUCACUCGCAUCAGUGGAUACCUGCAGCCACUUCUGGAUGUGGUGCCUUUUCCCUUUGCACUAUCCUCUGCCUGGACAGACGUAAUGGCCACAGCCAAGUUAUGUGUUUAUAUCUUUAAGCACCUUUUAGUGCAAUUAAGCUAAUACAAGAUGUAACUAGUUUGCAAAAGCCAAACCAGAUUUAAAUGGGAACAUUUGUACUUGUAUUUGAAUAUCUGAAUGUAUUUGGUCCCAGCAAAUUAUGCAAUUUUGGUUCAUGACCUAAACAGAUUGACAUACCAGCUAAACUUACUAAGAGUAAAAUAAUAUCUAACAGAUUAAAUGAGAUUAUAUUAGAGGUCUUAAUUGCGGAAAGAAAAUAAAUAUAACUUAUUGACAGGUAUGCUUAUGAAAUAGAGCUAUACUUUUACUGCAGUUAGUAUACUUGUAGUAAUAAUUAUAUGAAGCUACAUUUUAUAAUUUAAAAGCACUUAUUAUCUACACUGUAUCAUAUGUGGUUUCUUAUUAGAUAAAAUAUUUUUUUGGCAGAAGGCAGCUGUAUUGUGUAAUGUCUAAUUGCCUUGAAUAUUAAGAUAUUAGGAGUUGAAUGUGUAUAAAAUGUUUAACUGUACAUACAUUCAGAUAUAUGUAGGACUUGAGAUUAUGAAACAGGCUCUUUGUUUUCCUCUUUAGUCCAAUUCUUCAAUCUGUUUCCAGCUAAGAAUUUUGCCAGGCAGUGUCAGCAGUACCUGUUGACAUUAAAGGCUACAUUUGUGACAGAAUUAUGAAGGUGCCAAAUGUAAAAAAAAAGUUGAAUGUUCAAUAAAGAGUAUUUUGACCUGUUU